AUGUUUGAAGUUCCAGAAGCCAAACGCGUUCGUCGCGAUGAGAUUGUCUCUCCCCCGUCGUCAGUGCCCUCGUCACCGGAGCCUCUCCCAGAAGACGGCCAUGCGCUGCUAGGGAAGCUCCUCGAUUUCGAUACAUUCACCGUGGAGGACCGACCGUCCAUUGAAAAAGAUACCGAGCAGACCGCGCAAAAUAACGGCAAAGAUGCUGCCGCCGAAGAGCAAGAACAAGAGUUCGAAUUUCGAUUAUUUGGCAGUGGUCCAGCAAAGCGCACACAAGAUGACGGCCAAAAACCGGAUGCGGUGGACAGCACGGUUAACAAAGAUGGCACGCGCAAAUUGCGAAUCCGAAUACGCUCUCCCACCCCGGGACCGGUCGAUCCCAACGAGGGCAAAUUCGUUAACCCGUUCCGCGGGUGGCAGUACUACUUCACGACUCCGGCGUUGAUGUCAGGACAGCAUGCGGAGUCGGAUCCUACAAUAGCUGCCAAGCGGAAGGAGUAUGAAGAGGUUGCUGUGAAUGGGAGACAGCUGCUAGAAUUGGCCGGGAAAGGGACAUGGUUGCUAACAACCUGCCUUCGUCAGCCGGGCUGCCAUCUUCCCUGGCGGGUCAUACACCUGAAACCCUCCAAUGUCAAACUUCCUCGUGCUCCUACCGGUUCGUCCUCCGCCACCAGUCUGGUUCCUGCAGACAGCCAGCAGUCCAAGUCACGAAAGAAGAAACCCGGCAAAAAGCGCCGUAUUAUGCUACGCAAGCGGGCCGCGGCAGCUGAAGCGGCCAAGCGAGCCGAAGCCGAGAAGCGCCAUCAGAGAAACAGAGAAAAGAAGAUCAAACGGCGCCAGAGGGAGAGGGAGAGAAAGGCAGCGGCAGCAGCAGCAGCUGCUGCUGCUGCUACCAGUAAUACGUCAGGUGAGGCACCAGGAGCCGCGGGCGGUUCAGGAAGUGGUACAAAUAGCGAGUGA